AUGGCGGCUAGGGACCGCUUCGGUACCUAUGCUGAGCCGGGGUUAUCGCCGCUGCAGCGGGCCAUUCGCAAUGCAUGCGAUCCACAGAACUACGAGCCGAACCUAGCUCUGAACCUCGAAGUCGCGGACAUGAUCAACUCCAAGAAAGGCAAUGCACCUCGAGAAGCUGCCGUCGAGAUCGUCCAUCUCAUCAACUCUCGUAACCAGAAUGUCGCGUUGUUGGCGUUGGCGCUCCUCGACAUCUGCGUCAAGAAUUGCGGAUACCCCUUCCAACUGCAGAUUAGCACAAAGGAGUUUCUGAAUGAAUUGGUCCGACGGUUCCCCGAGCGGCCGCCUAUGCGAGCGUCUCGAGUCCAGCACCGCAUUUUGGAGUCGAUCGAGGAGUGGCGGCAGACCAUCUGCCAAACAUCGCGCUACAAGGAGGACCUAGGAUUUAUUCGCGAUAUGCACCGGCUGUUACUCUAUAAGGGCUACGCGUUCCCAGAGGUGCGCCGCGAGGAUGCGGCUGUCCUCAACCCCAGUGACAACCUGCGCUCGGCGGAAGAGAUGGAGGAAGAAGAGAAAGAAGCGCAGUCUGCCAAGCUGCAGGAGUUGAUUCGGAGAGGCACUCCCGCGGACCUCCAGGAAGCCAACAGGCUGAUGAAGGUUAUGGCGGGCUACGACAACCGACACAAGACUGACUAUCGCGCAAAGGCAGCAGAGGAGGUGUCCAAGGUGCAACAGAAGGCCAAGAUUCUUGAAGAAAUGUUGCAGAGUCAGCAGCCUGGCGCGGGCAUGCCUGAAGGCGAUGUCUUCGAGGAACUGGCUGCUGCUCUUCAAAGUGCUCAUCCUAAGAUCCAGAAGAUGUGUGAGGAAGAGUCGGAGGACCCCGAAGCUGUCCACAAGCUACUCGAGAUUAACGACAGCAUACACCGUACCAUUGAGCGGUACAAGCUUGUUAAGAAGGGUGACCUGGAUGCGGCGUCUAGAAUCCCCAAGGGUACAUUGGGCACGACGACCGGAGUGUCCACGAAUGCCAACAAUGAGCUUUCGUUGAUCGAUUUCGACCCGGAGGAGCCCAGCUCCAACGGUAACGGCAACGGCGAGGCAUCAGGGCAAGGUGGAAAUGCCUUGGAGAAUGACUUGCUCGGACUCUCCCUUGGUGACCAAGGCCCUGUUGUUGGCGGUGGGAUCUCACUGGGAGGCUCCAGCAUGGGCUUCCCUCCUAUGUCCUCAGGACAGUCUCCGCCUGCCGCGACUCCCCAGUCCAUCCAGCAGGCGCCCACGGGAUUCAAGCCCAAUUAUGAUAUCCUUGCGUCCUUGAAUACAUCUCGUCCUGCUUCUCAGUCUUCUACGCCCGUGCCGGGGGCAUCGCCUCAAGCCCGAACCACAGCCACCCCACCGCAGGCGGCGGAUCCAUUUGCAUCGUUGGUGUCUGCCAGCCCUCGGCCUGGUACCACUUCUUUCCAAGCACCGCUUCAAACCCAGCCCGCACCGGCCUCCUCGUCUCUGUUGGACCUGGCGGGCCGUACGGCUACCCCUCCCCAGCAGCCUGCUGGAAAGGCCCCCGCCGCGGAGGAUGACGAUUGGAACUUUGCUUCCUCACUUCCUCAGAGCAGCAGUCUUCCCAUGAUGAACAAGGUGCAGGUAUUGAAUUCGCAGCUGCGCGUUGACUUCAUUGCCCGUCGGGUGCAGACUGCGCCCCGCCAAAUUUAUAUUCAAGCCUCUUUCUCCAAUGCGACCAGCCAGCCGAUCAGUGAGCUGCACUUCCAAGUUGCAGUAGAAAAGUUAUACACGCUGCAGCUUCGUCCGCAAUCGGGUCGAGACAUCGCUCCGCAGCAGCAGAACGGUGUGCAGCAGGACAUGGCCCUGGACGGCGUUGACUCGGGCAAGGGCGGCUCGGUGAAGAUUCGGUUCAAGGUGUCCUACAAGCUUGGAGCCGAGGCCCGCGAGGAACAGGGCAUGGUGCCACCCCUGGGGAUUGCCUAA